AUGAUCAAAGCCGAGUCAGAGUUGGUGCAGAUCGAGCAAGAGCUAAGAGAGGUGGAAGAGGACUUGAAUGUAUUGCUAUUGCGUCAAAGCGAACUGUUAAAAAGAAAGAAGGAGCUGCACUUGCAGCUGGAGUGUGAGCAGAUUGAAGACGCAGACGUAACAAAAAACACCGGGAAAGUUGCGGAUUGGAAGGCGCACUUUCAAUGGUCGGAACAGAUUCACACGUUGCUGACCGAGACAUUUCACUUGCCUGAUUUUCGAUCAGUGCAGGAGGAAGUGAUUAAUGCCACGCUGUCUAACAAAGACGUGUUUGUAGUCAUGAGAACUGGUGGUGGCAAGAGUCUCUGUUACCAAUUGCCGGCUUUGUUUGAUGGAAAUGCUGGUUUUACGGUUGUUAUUUCGCCGUUACUCUCGCUCAUCCAGGACCAAGUGAUGCUGUUCAAUGACAUUGCUAGUGAAGGUGCAGCGUGCCGAUUAUCCAGCGAGCAGUCACGUGGAGAAGCAUCAGCUAUUUAUAAGUCGCUGAUAACGACGGAUAGUGCACUGAGGAUUUUGUUGAUUACUCCAGAAAAACUCAUUAAAAGCAAACUCCUCAUGUCGAGGUUUGAAAAGGCGUACCAGAUUGGGCGACUGAAGCGAUUUGUCAUUGAUGAAGCCCAUUGCUGUAGCCAGUGGGGCCACGACUUUCGAAGUGAUUACUCCAAGCUGGGAAUCUUGAAGCGACAAUUUCCUACAGUACCCAUAUUGGCAGUGACAGCUACAGCGACGCCACGCUUGGCUAUGGACGUCAAAACCAUUCUCGAAAUUCAAAAUUGUGUAUCAUUCCGAACCUCUUUUCUCCGAAACAACCUGCACUACGAGGUUCUGCCGAAAUCAGCAAAAGACGCUACAGCGAUGGAUUACCUAGUCUGUCUAGUUAAAACUUUUUCGCCGGGUGAUACUGGAAUCGUAUAUUGCCUCACAAGAAAAGAGACAGAACAAGUAGCCCAGCACCUCCGUCAAGCAAAUAUUCGAGCGGCAUGCUACCAUGCGUAUGUGGAAGACAAGGAGGAAACCCACCUUGCCUGGUUUCGCAACAAGCUUCAAGUUGUAGUUGCGACCAUUGCGUUUGGUCUUGGAAUUAACAAGCCAGACGUGCGGUUUGUCAUCCAUUUUACUCUAUCGAAGUCUAUUGAGGGAUACUAUCAAGAAUCCGGACGAGCAGGACGUGAUGGAAAUGCAGCGCGUUGUGUGUUAAUGUAUAGGCCAUCUGAUGUACUACGCGUUCUAAACAUCGUCCAGGGAGAAGUCGGAGGCAUGAAGAAUAUGCGAUCGAUGAUCAAGUACUGCGAGGAGCUUUCACAGUGUCGGCAAUCAAUGAUGGCAGCAUACUUUGGCGAAACUUCAGAAUCUACAGCAGUAUGCCAAAGAGCAUGUGAUAACUGCAAUCGAGAUAUUGACAUGACAGACACAAUUAAUCUCUCAGAUCACUCCAGAGCUUUAAUUUGUAUCACAGAAGACGCCAAGAGAUUGGAGAGACGUGUCACACUAAAGCAACUUAUCGAUGAAUUUAAAUCCAGAAAGUUUGCGCAGGAAUGGACAACGUUGGAUCCAUCAAUAGCCUCAAUAUCUAGAAGGAUGUGUGACAGUAUCGUGAUUAAUCUUUUGCUAAGCAACGUUCUUCAGCCAGAUAUCAGCUACACAGCAUACAACACGAUUUGUUAUUUGGUUCCUGGCCCACGAGCUCACCACUUGAAAAAGGAUCGACUUCAAAUUCAACUUCCGCGAUGUCUCAUGGACGCAACUGAGAGUUCAGACGGCACGGUAUCUAUGCCACCAAAGAAAAGGAAACGAUUACCGGAGGUCAUUACGAUUGAAUGA